AUGUCACGCAACCUGCCACCGCUUCGUCCAAGACGUCCAACAGAUGGCACCAUUUCUGAGCCACUGCGAUCACCGUUCCGUACACCACCACCCUGUGACUUACGAAAUGCAACAGCCACGGUCACUUCCCCUACUAGAUAUGCAUCAGAAUUAUGCACCCCUCUACCCGUGAUCAAGGAGGAGGCGACUGAAAAAAGUUCAAUGUUUGUUCAGCAACCAGAAAAUCCGCAUAACCCUGCUUUCCAACAGCGGCCAAGGCCGGUCCGGGAAGCCAACAUGAACCACGGUGUCAACAAUGCAACGAUCUGGCCGUCGGAGAUACAUAGCCAAAGCAGUACAAUGUGGCUUCUUCCACCUCAUUCAGACCAAUCAUCUGCUAUAACGUCACUUUUGCGCACAGAGAUACAAAGCCAUAGUAUCACGCGCGAGAUGCUCCAUGCAACAGAGAAGCGACGGCUUGAAGCCGUCCAGCGAGGCAAUAAAUUGCUACAAGACACUCAUGGCUGGGCUGCUGCAUACAACAAUCUUACCAUGGCUCUUGGAAAAUGCUAUGAGGAAUAUUCACGGGUAUUGGGAGAGAAUACCGAGAUGAAAUUGAAGUUGGAGCAGUCAAGGGAGUCCCAAGCGCAUGUAGAUGCUAUGGACGAAAAUCAAAUCCAGAACUUUGGGCACGACUCUAUUACACAAGAAGCCACCCAAAGUUUAGAAGAGGAGCUCUAUGGAAUAGAUAUGUAUGCCUCUGGAGAAGAGUUUGAGAUGAGCGAUGCAAUGAAUGCGCAUGAGUUAGAGGAGUCUGAUCCGUAUUCGCCCGAAGUUUGA